GUAGGAGUCGUUAUCUUUUACUAACAAUGGCGGCUGAGGGAGAUUUUUUGACGCGUUAUCGAGCAGUGUCAAACAAGCUGAAGAAACGCUUUCUUAGGAAGCCAAACGUCGCAGAAGCAAGUGAGCAGUUUGGACAGUUAGCUAAAGAGCUGAAACAGCAGGACUGCCUUCAGUAUGCAGCCUUUUGUAAUUUGGCCAUGGCUCGGUGUGAGCAGACUCUCUUCAAUGCCCCAGGGGAGGCUCUCGCUCUGACCGAUGCUGCUCGACUCUUUCUAGCCUCUGAGCAGGAGACCCGAGCUCUGCAAGCCCCGGGCUUUGAUGAGCAUCUGCAGGCUGCACUCAACUGCUACAGCUUUGCUAUAAAGGUUUAUUUUGAGAUGAAUCAGCCGGUCAUGGCUGCCAGUCUCUCCCUUGAACUUGGAAAAGCACUCAAGGAGAUGAAUAAGCCAGGAGAGGCUAUCGUCCACUUUCAGAGAGCUGCAGAGCUUCAGUCACAGAUGCCUAUCGAGGCUUUGUUGUCUUUGGGAGAGAUGGCUUCCUGCAAAAUACUGAGCCGUGAUUAUGACGGUGCGCUGGCUGUCCUUUCAGAAAUGCAGGCCAUGUGUCAGGAGAGAGGGCUGCAGCUUCCUGGCACUAAUACCCCUGUCGGUGCGUUUAUGGAUAUAGUAGCAAAGUGUGAAAUCUCCAGAGUACUUCUGCUCAUGCUGCUUGAGCCUCCUCCACAAAAGUUACUGCCUGAGCACGCACAGACACUAGAGCGGUAUGCCUGGGAAUCUUUCGACUCACACAGUCAAGUUAACUUCCUUGCAGAAGAUAUCUUCCUCCUGCUGCAGUCUGUUGUGAUGGCAUGUCAGGAAAAGGACAUUGAAUCACUCAAAUCUCUCCAGAGAGAAUUAUGGCCUUACCUCUCUGCUGAGCAGAAUCACCUGCUACAUCUUAUCGUGCAGGAAAGAAUCAGCCCCUCUGGUCAGGGGGUUUAGUUCAGACCUACCACAUGGCCUAGUGAUAUCACUCCGCGUCCACUUCCACUGCCUGGUGCAUCACGUAGGGAGUCUUACAGAACAACAGUACUCUGGCUGUCGUUCAGCUAUAACUGAACUGGCUGGAGUUUCCCAAAAGCAUCGCAGCACAUCGAUCAUUGUUAAAUGAUAGUACGAACAGCACAAUGAAUGCUUGCUCUCAUAGUUAAGACACUCUUGGCAUUAAGAGUCUUUUGGGAAACCCACCGCUGAAUACUUGUAUUACACUUGUUAAUAUUUUAUUUCUUAACAUUGACCAAUAUGAUGUACACACGGAACAUAUCCACCACAGGACAUGAACGUUUUUUUUUUUCUUCUCCAUUAAGUUUAAUUUUGGAUUAGUGCACUUUAAUAAUUUUACAUUUUUAGUAUUUCAUGUUACAUGAAAUCUCGUUCAUUUGCUGCAAAUAAACUCAAGAAUUAAUCAUG